AUGCCUAAAAAGCCACAAGACUCAUCGUCGACUCCACCUUCGACCACUUCUUCCGUGAUGGCCUCUGAGAAGAAGUUGGCCAAAGAUCAACUAUCAACAACAAGACCAAAGAAUUGGUUCAAAAUUUUAUUUAGUGCCUAUGUUACUUUUACAUUCUUGACUAUUGCUUUCUUGUUGAUUCAUAUGGCACACAAUUAUUUGCUUUAUCAAAGUCCCGUGAUCACUCAAUUCGAUUCCAGAUUGAAGGAUUUGUGGAGAGAGGGAAGAAAGGCUUCACCACUCUUUACUUACAAAUUUAAUGCUCUUCCUCCUGCCAUUGUUGAUCCUAUUAAUAAUGUUGUGAGAAUUGUGAAUCAGUAUCCAUUCAUGAGAGAUAAUGGAAUUAAAGUUCCAGUCUUUCCUGUCAAUGAAUAUGUCACUCUUGCGAUCACUGUUGCUAACAUUCCAUAUAUUGCCUUGUUGAUUGCCUUUGCUUACACCAUGACUUCUAAAUUGCCUGUCAUUUUGGGACAAAUUAUUGAAGGUAAUGGAAAGUUGGACAAUGCAACACCAAGAGAACAACAAAGUCGAAUGACUGGAUUUGGUUCUAGAGCACUUGGAGCUCAUCAAAAUGCAUUCGAAGCUUUGAUUGGAUUUGGAAUUAUUGUUGCUGUCACUUUGUUAAGAAUUGGAUCAAACACUGAUUCUCGCUCAUUGGAGUUGGCUGCUUCUUUGGUAAAGGAAAGCAUUUUCUUUGUCAUUGCAAGAACCAUUUUCCAAGUCUGGUAUCCAUUGGGAUUGCCAGCCCUUGUGAGAACCAUUAUUUGGGCAUUUGGCUGGAUGAGCGUUUUACAACUCUACAUCAACAAUGUUACCUAUUAA